UGGUGUCAUCUAUCGACUCUUCAAAACAAUAUCAAUUUAAUUUCAUCGCCAUUUGCCAUUUCAAUCGUCUUUUGCGUUGGUUUGCGAAAAUCAAAAAAACCCGGUCAUCGAGAUUUUGCUUAUUGCUCCAUGUAAUAAAGAUAAAUAUUUUAAAAAAUGAAAACAUGCUGCGUAAAGGGAUGCGAUACUUCUAGAUAUAUUACACUCAAAUAUUAUGCAUUCUUCAACUUUCCCCUGGAUAAUGAAGAUCUCCUGAAAAAAUGGCUCAAUCAAAUAGGCCAGCCAGACUUGAAGCCAAAACACCACCAAAUAUGCAGUGUACACUUUAAAAAUGACGAUAUCUUAUGGCGUCCUGAUGGAUUACCUCCGUCAUUAAAUCCCACAGCUGUACCUACAAUAUUCCCACCUCAGGAAUCAAACACUGCUACGCCUCAAUCUGGCACAUCAACUUUUUUAGAGGCGAUUUCCACUGAAUCAAUCUUGAAAUCAUCAAACAAGGAAAACAAUGGAAACAGCAAAUUUCCUUUGAUUAUCAUUCCAACCCAAUAUCUUUUUCCAUAUCCCCCUUUGAUCCCUUAUGCAAUUCCUACUCAAUUCUCACCUCAAUUUUCAACACAAUUCCACCCUCAAAAUCAGCUACAAACUCACCAGUCUUUUCAAAUCAACUCUCAAAAUUCAUUACCAAACCAGCCAGUUUCCCAGAUAAUUUCUCAGAGUUCACAGCAUACUCAGCCUAUUACACAAAUUCAUUUUCAAGAUUUGCUGCUGUCCGAACCAGUUCCGCAAAUGAAACCUUUGAAUUUACUGCAAACUCAGCCAGUCUUGCAAAUUGAUUCACAAAAUUCGCUGUCAACCCAGUUGCCACAUAUUGAUCCCAAAUGUUCCGCACAGUUGGUCCAAUAUAUGCAAUCAUUCAACGCAAUGAAUUCAGCACUCUCUAUUCAACUCGCUCAACAAGUGACUACACAAAAUCCAGCCAUUAUCGGCCAGUUUGCACAGGACAAAGCACAAACUCUCGAAAAAAGUUCACAAGUUUCUAAAAUUAAAGAAACUCCAAAUCUGAUGGAUAUUUCACUCGAUUCGAACACGAACGACAAUGAGACCGGAAAAGCCAUUAAUAUCGCGCAAGAUUCAAUGAAAAUUUCGCAAAUUCCAAGCUCAAAUGGCAGAAAUUUUGUUCCAACGGAAGAUUCCGGUCCACCUGAGUCAUUGAAAAAUACAAGUUUAAGAUUUUAUUCUAAGAAAAAAGCUCGGAAUCCGUUUCCAAAUGAUCCAAAAUCUGCAAUGACAUCGCAAAAGUCAGGAGUAGAGAAGGAUUUGAAAAACUUGUUUUCGGAAGAGUUGAAAAUUGAGAAAAAUCUACAAGUUACAAUGCUAAAUCCCAUGAAUUUAAGUGAAAUAAAAGAGGAAAAACCGGAUGUAUCUUUCGCCGAAAAAUCGAAUAUUUUGCAGCAGAUUUCGGGAGAAAAUUGUCCCAAAGUAACAUUUCCACUAGAAAAGGAAUUUCAGGAGGAAGAAGUUUUUGCCAGACGUUUUACCAAACCGGACUAUCUCCUAAUUCCAAAAAAAACAAAAUUCGCAAAUCCAAAACAUAUGGAUCACACAAGAAGACCGACUCUGAGAAUAUCGAUAAAAAAACUUUGUAAUGUUCCACUCGAAUCGAAAAAUUUCAAUGAAAAAGAAAAUUCUUCGGAUGAACAAAAAUCAAUAACCAUCGAAAAUCACGCGACAAACAAAUCUGUAACUUUUCGACUUGAUUCGAGAACCGGAGAAAUCAUUGUAAAAAAUCAGGAUAUCAUUCCAACACGGAGACGCAGAGACAGGAAUACUGGAAGAAAACGAAAGGUUGAUAUAGGCGUUUCUUCACCGGCCGCAAAUCUUCGUCAGCUCUACGCAAAAGAGCAUAGAGAAUGUAGCGUGUUCAGAAGAAAAUUAAAAUUAUUGCGGCUGAGUCAUAAACGAGAGCUGGAAGAAAUACAAAAAUUACAAGCUCUCUUGUCAGAGCUUGAUACUGUGAAAAAAGCAAUGGUCUGGUCAAAGUUCAAACGGGAAUGAGGCUGAAAAAUGCGACUCACCAGAAGAAAGUUCCGAAACUGUUCGAAAUAACAGAAAAUUGUUACCUCAGGAAGGAAAAUCACAACACGAUAAAGAAAUCGUGAGACGAAGAACAUCAAAUUCUCCACUAGCCAUAGAUCUUCGCGAAAAUUACGAAUUUUCUAUACCUAAAAAUAUCUCAAAAAUAAGGAUUGUCGAUGAAAUCGACGAUUAUAGAAGUUUUUCGUAAUUACUACUUUUUUUUCCAUAUUUAUAACAUAAGUCAUAAUGGAGUUAUGCAAUAGAAAAUAUUUAUCAUUAAAUAAUAUUUGUUACAAAAGAGAUGCAUAUAUAUGGAAACGCAAGUACUAUAUGUCGAGUGCGUCGUAAUUUUUCAUUUAAAAUUGUUGAUUAAUCUGAUAAGGAUAAAAACUGCAGGUGAAAUGUGAUUGGUAUAAAAAGUUCCUUAUUUUUUUUUUGCAGAAAAGAAAUAAAUUGUAAUAAGUUUGUUUGUAAGUGCGGAAUGUAUUUACCGAUACACUAAAAAAGUUGGGUGAUUUAGAGGGAUCGAAAUUGCAAGAAAUUUUGAAUCACUCAA